AUGCAGAAGGAUGAGCAAGUCGUUUUCACGGAUUCGCUCAUCAUAACGCGGGCCAAAGAAAUCUGGAGUCGUAUCAUUCACAACCCCCUUUACGUCUUUAAAGCUAGUUCAACUUGGGUUCGUAAUUUCAAGAGGCGACAUGGAAUACGUGGAGGCAAGAUUUGCAGGAUGGGAGAAACUCAAAUCAAGUUGCGGGCAUUUGGACAACAGUUCACACCUUUCAAUGGCUAUCUACAUGAUGAAUGGGAUCAGGUAAUAGAGGAGCUGCCGUCGAACCUCGAAGACGACACGCGUUGGAAAGACCCAUCCUCUGCUCUUUACAGAGCAACUACUGGUCGACCUAUUAUUCCCGUCUUGGAUAUGGGUCGCCUCUACGUCCCAACCAUGUCUGCAGACCAACCAAUAUACAGGCCGGUCGCCCUGCAUCCCUCCUUAAAUGCUCAAGACGAUACAACAAGUCCAUCAUUGCAGACUCUGUCUUUUCCUUCGCGAAGCGAACCUUCGCCUACGGCCGAGGCGAUAAAACGCCCUAAAUUCUAUAUGACAUCAACAACUGGCAUCAAAGCGAUCCCUAUAUACGAGGACACUGAUUUUGCUCAUAUUACACCGCAACAGCGACGAAAUGCUAUACCCUUGUCCGAAGUCUGCGCACACAAUAACAGCUAUGGCAAAAAAUCACAUGAGAAGCCUAUCAUGUUUGACCCGGCACGUGGUUUUCUCAAUCUCAUUCCCUUGUCACCAACUUUGAGUUCGCGAAGUCCCUCUGAAGAACCUGCGGUAUCUCCUACUCAGUUAUCUUCGCCUGCCUUGCGUGAGACUUCUUCAGACUACCCUCAUAGCCGAAAUGCCUCCUCGCACACACAUGCUGCAGAUGAUGAACUGCUCGCAAUUCCAUGUACAAUUUUGCGCUCUCAAGUAGAAAUUGCUUUGAACCCACGGAGGCGACUGUUGUCUUCGUCCGAGAAGGAGACCGCAUGUCGCAUCGAUCUCUGGGAAGCUCGGGAAGCUCUGGACAAGCUGCUUGAUACUCUCUCUAGAAAUAACAUUAUUUCGGUUCGACAGCACCAUGUCCUCUGCGCUUUGCGGCUAAAGCUGUCACAUUGUUGCGCGACAUGA